AUGACGUACUCUGCAAGCGUUCUUCCGACAGUAUCUGCUGACGCCGACGGACUAACCUUUAAUUACGACAUAUUUACUACAUAUAAAACACAGUUUCUUCUCCUUCUCCAGUCCCAACUAUCAUCUUAUAAGCUUUCUCCUCGCCGCCGUGCGCCCUUGUCGCCUCCUCGCGGCCGUCUCUCUCGCUCAUACUUCCGCUAA